AUGAAGGCAGCUGACGCUCCAUCAGUCGAUCAGCUUGAGAAUGCUCAACCUCAAGCUGUGGUGCCAUUAUCAGCAGAUGUGAUCGAUAAAAUACACAAUGGCGAUGAUGCACUUCAGUUCUUACAAGGAGGGCAUCAGCCAUAUUCGAAAGAAGAGGAGAAGCGUGUGAUGCGCAAAGUUGACAUCCGCAUGCUUACACUGAUGCUUAUUGUUAACGGUUUCCAAUUUGUGGAUAAGAAUACACUAGCAUAUGCUGGAACAUAUGGUCUUACGACUGAAGCUCACCUUGUUGGUCAGGAGUAUAGUCUGCUCACCACAAUAUUUUAUAUUGGAUACUUGAUCGCUCAAUGGCCAGCGAACUGGUUAAUGCAAAAAUAUCCAAUUGCGAAAGUCUUGACAAUAACAUUUGUGCUCUGGGGCGCCACAUUGACAGCUACAGGAGGAUGCACAACCUUUGGCUCGCUGGCUGCUGUUCGAUUUCUCCUGGGAAUCUUUGAGUCAGCCUUAAAUCCAGGAUUCGUUCUGAUCACAUCAUCAUGGUGGAAACGUGAGGAGCAGCCGUUCCGCGUUGGAUUGUGGUACAGUGCCAAUGGCUUGAUCGGUGCGCCCUCUGGUGCAAUCUUCUGGGCCAUUGCACACCUUCACGCAAGCAAUAUGUUCGCUUACCAGUGGAUGUUCAUCAUCUUUGGUGCUGUAACAUUUCUAUUCGGUAUCUCUCUAUGGUGGACUAUGCCAGAUUCCCCAAUGACAGCGAGCUUUUUGACUGAGCGUGAACGAUAUAUCGUCAUCGACCGACUCAAGAGCAACAAGACCGGUGUGAAGAACUCUCAGGUUAAGACCCAGCAAUUCAAGGAGACUUUGCUGGAUCUCCGCAUCUGGAUGCUGGUUAUCGCCAUCUUCUGCCAUAAUAUGACCAACAGUCUGCAGACAACCUUCAUGGGUAUGAUCAUCAAGGGUUUCGGCUACAGCACUUACGAUUCUGUUCUGCUGAAUAUCCCUCCCGGUAUUAUCAUGGCAGUGUCGAUGAUCAUUGUCAGUGUAUUCCUCUCCACCCGGUGGGGCCAGGAGAAGCGAAUCUUCUGUAUCAUCGCUUGCUACCUUCCCGGAAUCAUCUCCACCGGUAUUCUAUACACCAGCCCCAUUGAGCCUUCUACCAAGCAUCUUCACCUUUUCGGGAUCUUCAUCGUGCCCAUUGUUGCAGUCUCAUCGGGUAUUAUGUACUCACUUCUGGCAAGUAAUGUGGCUGGUUAUUCGAAGAAGGUUCUGGCUGGUUCCAUGUUCUUCUCCUCCAGCUGUGUUGCGAAUAUGAUCGGGCCGCAGACCUUCAUCAGCUCACAGGCUCCUAAGUACACCACAGGUAUUAUCACUUGCUUGGUCAUGUUUACCGUGAACAUUAUUCUUUUCUCUGUCCUUUACCUGAUCUAUACUCGUGAAAACAAGAAGCGAGCACAGGAGGAUGAAGGAGAGACCAAUGAGGAGAUGGAACUGGCAAAUGCCUUUGCGGAUUUGACUGACCGUCAGAACAUCUCGUUCCGUUAUACCCUUUGA